CCCGAUCCCCCUCCGUCAGGCUAUCAGUGUUCCUACCUCCACCAGUAGGAGCUGAAGGAUGGAGGCACUAAUCCCCAUUAUAAACAAACUUCAGGAUGUGUUUAAUACCGUGGGGGCGGACUCAAUGCAGCUGCCGCAGAUCGUGGUGGUUGGCUCCCAGAGUGCAGGGAAGAGCAGUGUGCUUGAGAGUCUGGUAGGGCGAUCCUUCCUGCCCCGCGGCAUUGGCAUUGUGACGCGACGGCCCCUUGUGCUGCAGCUGGUGUACACCACAUCAGAGGACAAUCAACACCGCUCAGCUGAGACAGAUCAUGCAGCGGGGCUAGACUGCCCUGAUGCAGUGUGUCCCCCUCAUCCUCCCCUUCGCAAGAAAAAGCAACCCAUCAUCUCGGAAUACUGCUGCAAGUCAGGCACCUUGGAUUUGGAAGAAUGGGCUCAGUUCCUUCACAUAAAAGACAAAGUCUUCACUGACUUUACUGAAGUUCGGAAAGAAAUUGAGCGGGAAACAAGCCGAGUAGCUGGAGACAACAAGGGAAUAUGCAGUGAGCCAAUACGUCUCAAGAUCUACUCAGAUAAAGUUGUCAAUUUGACUGUGGUGGACCUGCCAGGAUUAACAAAGGUGCCAGUUGGGGACCAACCUGAAGAUAUAGAAUUGCAGAUACGUGACCUUCUACUCUAUUACAUCAGCAACCCAAACUCCAUCAUUCUGGCUGUGUCCUCUGCCAACAUGGACAUGGCAACCUCAGAGAGCCUCAAGAUGGCCAAAGAGGUGGAUCCUGAUGGCCGGCGGACGCUGGCAGUUAUCACUAAGCUGGAUCUAAUGGAUGCUGGGACUGAUGCAAUUGACAUCCUGUGUGGUCGAGUCAUUCCUGUGAAGCUGGGAAUCAUUGGAGUGGUAAACAGGUCUCAACAAGACAUCAUUGACAGCAAGUCCAUAAAAGAGGCACUGGCAGAUGAGGCAGCAUUCCUACAACGAAGAUACCCAACCCUUGCUAACCGUAAUGGCACGCCUUACCUGGCCAAGACUCUCAAUAGACUCCUCAUGCACCACAUUCGAGACUGCCUCCCAGAACUUAAGACACGAGUCACUAUGAUGAUGUCCCAGUUCCAAUCCCUGCUUAGCAGCUAUGGAGAUGAUGUACAAGACAAGGCCCAGACUCUCCUGCAGAUCAUCACAAAGUUCAAUGCUGCUUACUGCCAGACCAUUGAAGGCACUGCCAGAAAUAUUGAAACCACAGAACUAUGUGGUGGCGCCCGAAUUUGUUAUAUUUUCCAUGAGACAUUUGGUCGCACAUUGGACUGCAUCCAUCCACUUGCUGGCCUGACACAAAUGGAUAUUCUUACUGCCAUACGUAAUGCCACAGGACCAAGACCUGCCCUGUUUGUACCUGAGGUGUCAUUUGAACUGCUGGUGAAGAGACAGAUCCGAAGAUUAGAAGAACCAUCUCUCCGUUGUGUUGAGCUUGUUCAUGAAGAAAUGCAGAGAAUCAUCCAGUUUUGUGGAACUGAGGUUCAGCAGGAGAUGUUGCGCUUCCCCAAGCUGCACGAGAAGAUUGUUGAUGUGGUCACUCAGCUUCUGAGAAGACGCUUGCCACCCACCAAUGAUAUGGUUGAAAACUUGGUGGCCAUCGAGUUGGCAUAUAUCAACACCAAACACCCAGACUUCCAAAGCAAUGCCUCACUGGUGUCGUCACUGCUAGGAGAGGAAGAAAAGGCACGCUCCAUUCCUGUCCGGCGCAGCCACGGCAAUGCACCCUCAACCUAUGAGCAAGAAAUAAGGGAGCAGUCCAAGACCCAGAGUUUGCAGAACAUCCAGAGGUACGUGGGAGAUCAAUCCCUUCCUCGACCGAUGGCACUGGAAGGCCACCCAUCACAACCCACAAACAAAGACCAGGCCAACACCCAGAACUGGUUCUCAUCUCUGAUAGCCGGCCCCCGAGCAGAGCAUGCAGAGCCAAGCAAAGAACAGUCCCAUGAGAAUUCUCCCAACAUGACUCCAACUCAUCAGCUUUUGGCUGUGUCAGCAUAUGAGGCUUUCACUAAUCCUUCUGAAGGUGUAGAGGCAGAGAAGUUGCCGCAGCUGCCCCCACCACCAGCUGAGGGUGGCAUCCUGUCCCCACAGAAGCCGGUCAACCUGCUGCCUGAGGUGCCCAUGCAGCAGUCACGCAAACUCACCGAGAGGGAGACCAAGGAUUGUGAGGUCAUAGAGCGCCUCAUCAAGUCCUACUUCUACAUAGUUCGAAAGAGCAUUCAGGAUAAGGUGCCCAAGGCAGUGAUGCACUUUUUGGUGAACCAUGUGAAGGACAACCUGCAGUCAGAGUUGGUGAAGCACCUCUACCGCACUGAUGAGAUUGACACCUUCCUCUCAGAGUCUCCAGAGAUCGCCCAGCGCAGGAAGGAAGCAGCUGAGAUGCUCAAGGCAUUGCAGCAUGCAAAUGUCAUCAUCGGUGAAAUUCGGGAAACCCACAUGUGGUAGACACUCAUUGCACACGACCUUCCCUGCUCUUUGUCAGGCAUCUGUGUUACACAGCACAGAAAUAUAGAACACCCAGAUAAAUUAAUGUAUAUCAGAUGCAGUCUGAGAUUUUAUAUAUGUUUAUUUCUUACUGCCAUUCAUUUUUAGCUGGAGAACAUUUUAUACUUUAAAUCAAUGGAUUCUAUUUAUAUGCUUUGCGGAAAUGAGAAGUACAGUUCACUUUCUAAGCUUCAUGUGUUAACCUUUAUGCAAAACUACAGGUAUGAGUUUGACCAUGAUUCAUUAUAGAAACCUACUCAGUUAUUUCACAUGACUGCAGAACUACUACUUAAUCCAUAAUACUGUUAGGUAACUCACUCGCCCAAGUAAUGUGUAGGGAAUCCUGUAUCUUGAUUCUUCUUGCAAGUGCUGAUGGUAUAUAGUAUUUCAUACAUGUACAUAUUGGUCAUAUUUUUAUGCACUUUAACUUUUGUCUCGAUUACUUUGUAAAUAGUAGAUUAAUUUCUUAUCUGUUAAAUUGUUUUAGUGCUAAGAACUAAAGAAUAUUAUUACCAGGAACCAUAAAUGAAAAAACUGACACCCUGACUCGUAGCCACCCAUGAUAUUAGCAGCCCCUCAGGAACCAUUUAGGUCUGCUGGUCUGAAGUCUGAAGCAAUGGGUAAAUUGAAGUAAACAGCAGAUGAUUGCUUGGUUGAGGGAAAUUGACACAAAUUUUAAGGAUUGAUUAGGGGGAUUUGUAUUUAUGUAUGCAUGUAUGUGUGCAAGGUUGUAUGGUAGUGGUUAUUUUUAAGAAUAUUUUUAGAUCACAACAGUUUUCUUCAGUCAAGCCAUCAGUCCGCUAAUUGUACGUACAUAUUUAGAUGGGCUCAUUGUGGAUAUAGAUAGUUAAAGUAAACCUUGAUGUUUUCAGAGUCUAAAGUUGAAUAUAUGAUUAAAGUUUAAGUAUGUAUCUUUGUAAUAUUGGUGUUUUUCUUUAGCGACAUAAGAGUGUAUUCAGCAUGCUGCCAACAGUGCUCAGGGGUGCAUAGGGGUGACAUGGUUCCACUGCAAUGAACAAAGUCUUUUCAAAAAAUGUUGUAUGUAUGAAAGUGAAGACCCUUUUUAGUUCACUCUUUCCUGAGCUUCAUCAAGUGUAUGAAGCACACAGCUUUUCACUGUAUAAAAUAAAGGCCUCAUUUCA